CUCUCACACACAUUCAUCCAUCGUCGAUCCAAUAACUCUGCCAAAUCUCCUGCUGGGAAAUAGUGCCCAUAUUUCAACUCAACUGAGGCACGACAGAGACUGAUAAGCUGACGGCGGCCUGCUUCCAGUUAAUCCAUUCCAGCUAGCGCAUCAUCAUGCGUUCUGAGGUCAUCGAGGCUGACACGAUCGACGCGGCUGCUGAACAAAUCCUGAAUGAGCUCAGCAAGGACACUACGAGGCGAAGCAGCAGAAGCAGAGAGAAUGUCAUCUACUUCGACGGCUGGGACGGCCUGGGGGCAUCCGCCGUCCUCCGAACGGUUGCCCAACGUCUGGCCGCAUCAGCCUCUGAUGAGCAACCAGCUCCGGACGGCGUGCAGUUUCAUCACAUCAUCCACAUCGACUGCUCAAAGUGGGAGAGCAGGCGAGCAGUGCAGAGGGCAAUAGCAGAGCAGCUUAAGGUUCCUGCUCGGGUAAUGGAGAUGCUCGACAGGCAAGAUGAGGAGGACGAUAUCCAUGGGCUGGCAGAGGGGUCCCGUGCCGAGAUACGACAGGUCGUCACAGAGAUCUACGAAUUCAUACAGAACCAUAGGUUUGUGGUGAUCUUUCUGAACGGGAGCUGCGAGGAAGUUGAUCUGACCGAGUUUGGCUUACCCCUGUAUGGAUACACUAGCAACAAGAUGCUGUGGACAUUUCGUGGGAGGUUCCGGCUCAACCCCAGGAUGGAAAUCGACAGGGCCGUCAAGAGCACAGGAGUGACCGAUGUUUUCUUCACGGCCUCACGCCAUGAGCAAGAUCCACAGGUGCACUGGUCCUACCUUGUGCAUCAAGAGGCUGCGGAUCUCAUUGCACGCAAGAUUACCGAUACUGCAGGCGGCAUCAUGUAUUCCCCGGCGCAAGUUGAAGACUGCUUCUUGUACAUGCUAAAGCUUUGUGUCAUGACAGGCGGACACCAUUCCAUCGACUAUGAUUUGACCACCCAUGGCUGUAACUACUGGAUAUGUGAUGGCAUCAUACAACAGGGAGAUGAUGGUGAUGACGGAGCAUGGCGAGCUGCUGAUGAUCUGCAGCAGGAGAUGCGAUUGGAUGUGGAAUGUUACCACCAAUAUUUGUCUCCUCACAUGUUAAGGCGUGCUGAGACCAUGCCAUACUGGUCUUCACCAUCUUAUGGGUUUCUGUUGAGCCCAGCCAACAACGGAGACAUUUUCCAACAGUUGAACAAACCUGUUGAUGUGCUCAAGCUCUCGCGCUGCAGCUUCAGCUUCUCAUCACCUCCAUUCCUCUGCUGCCACAACCUUAGGUUUCUAUGGCUCGAGCACUGUCAAGACCAAGCAAUCGGCACAGACGGAGCUGCAGACAAGGAGCAAGUCAUCCAGCGGUGUUUCCAGCGGCUGUGGGUGUUGGACGUGCGUUACACGCGCUGUGAUUGGAUCUUGUCCGCACGGACGCUUGAUUUCAUGGCUCAACUCAAGGAGCUAAAUGUGAUGGGAGCCCAGGGCUGGGACAUGGGCCAGCUGCAGGGGCGUCUCCCUAACAUCCGCAAGCUCCGAGUAACAAAGUCAACAGUCGGCUGCAGUAAUUGUUCAGAAAACAACUUGAUCUUGGGGAUGAACAAGAUGGAGCUCCUUGAGUUUUCUGGAAAUCGUACUACCAUGCCAGGUGUGGCAAACAUACCGGAGAUGAGCACCAGCAACAACUGCCUUGAGACUGUGAUCAUUAUUGACGGGUGUGUUGGGAUACAAAAGUUCUCCUUCAGAGGAUGUGCUAAGCUAAAGCAUAUAUUGUUGAGUGGAUUGUUUGAGGAUCUCCGCAUCCUAGACUUGUCGGGCACAGCUAUCAAGACGCUGGAUCUCAAUGCCAUGAUAGUUCGAAACCUUGAUGAGCUCUUCCUAGAUGGCUGCGAGAAGCUCUGUGCAAUCCUGUGGCCACCAGAAGACAGAAGGAAAAGCCAUUUGCAGAAGCUGCACAUCGACACCACACAGUCAGCUGCGGCAUCAUUAUUGGCACCAGGCCGGGAUGAAAAGUCCAUGGAGGGUCGUAACACUACCACCAGAGUCAGGAGAAGAUCAUCAGCAUCAUUAUCUGUGGCCCAUGGCGGUCGAUUACCCUCUGAAUUUUAUUGGUGCAUAUGGGUAAGAGAUGCAAGGCUCCUCAGGUCACUUGUGCCCCUUGAAAAAAGCUAUUUUGAUAAUAAUAUGGUUGUACACAUGGAGAUUUCGACGUAUACAGAUAAUUACUACCACCAGAGCAGUAUGAAGCAAGGUAAAGAUAAUUCGACGUAUACAGAUGUUGUAGACAGCUUCAAAGACCGUAUGCUGCUGCAAGCAAGCCAAGGCGAUGGUGAUGCACCAACGCUCACAGGGAUAUGUCCGUGCCCAGAUAUGCCUUCCUUGGCGGCCAGUAACUGCUACAUGCACAUGCAAGACCGCGGACAGCCGAGAAGCACCGAAUCACUGCAGGAGGGUGAAGAAACAAGUACUAUUACCAUGCCAGAUCUGAUCUGUCGGCGUGCUCUCAUACUGCACGUGCAUGAUAGCUUGUCCAUCACCAGUAUCCCAGGCCAUGCACCUGCGAUGAGUUCAAAAUGGUAUCGUCUAGAUUGGUGCCGAGUCGAGCGGUGCCCCAAGUUGGGAUGUGUAUUUACCACUCCUCAAUUAGAAGGAAGCGGUGACGAGCCCAUCUUUUACUAUCUAAAGACAUUCUGGGCAUCACAGCUCCCUAAAGCACGCUACAUCUGGAAUUGGAGCAGAACAUUGGCAUUCGACAUUGGGAGAAGAUCAUUUGAGGAUCUUAAGAUACUGCACCUAGACUUGUGCCCCAGAAUAAUACAUGUGCUCCCCUUGGCCAUGCCAAUGGUCGAACACAGUUUACGCAACCUAGUGACCCUAGAGAUUGUGUGGUGUGGGAAUCUCGAGGUUGUCUUCCCCUUGUACACCGAUGCUGGUGGGAGCCACCAACAUCAGGAGCAAUCAAUAAUUACGGUGGAAUUACGGAAUCUGGAGCGCAUCCACCUGCACGAGCUGCCCAAGCUACAGGGCAUCUGCGGGCGCUGGAUGAUCUCUGCUCCCAUGCUUGAGACCGUCAAGAUCAGGGGCUGCUGGAGCCUCAAGCGCCUGCCGGCCGUCAGCAGCGGCGGGAGCAAGAAGGUGGAGUGCGACUGCGAGAAGGAAUGGUGGGAGAAGCUAGAGUGGGACAUGGGCGCCAACCACCAUCCUUCCCUGUACAAACCGAUCCACUCGCGGUAUUACAAGAAGACCAUGCUCAGCCUGCAGGAUAUAUUUAUCAGUGGUGGCUGCUUGCUUUAAUCUCACAGUUGUGCUCUUUUUUUCCCCCUUCUCUUCCCAUACUACUGCUGAUGCUUUGCUUUGCUUGGCUUGGCUUAUGGUUGGCAUUGCUUGACCCCUGCAUUCAUGGUCGUGUCCUACUCUUGGCAGUGUACUUGCUUCUGAUGUGGCUGCGUGGUUCAGCUGUGUGUGUGUGUGUGUCCAGAAUGCUUGAUCCGUCUGUGUUGUUGUUGUUGUGGCAGUCCCUCCCCUAUUUAUUUAUAUGAACACAAGUAAUAAUAAGUGAUGAUGGUUGUGUUUUUUGA